CUAAACAGCCAGGGUUGCGUCUCUCAGCAAGUAAAAACCAAGGUCUUCCAGAUGAAGAGAGAAGGUUUGAAAAUGGAACUUGAAGUGGAAGCCAAGAUCAAAGAAGAAGGAACAGAGGUGGAGUUAACUGGAAGAGGGCUCAGUGAAAUAACAAGAACUAUCACCCAACUCUCAUUUGUGAAAGUGGACCCACACUUCAGACAAGGGAUCCCCUUCUUUGGACAGGUGGAGUAUUUUUCAGUUCACAAGCCAAACUUUGCAUCAUCAUCUAAUAAGUAGGACAGUCAAUUAAUACAGUUUUGUGAGAACACUGAUUCUCUGUGAGAUAUAAACUAUACGAUAAUACUGUUUUUUCUAAUUCAUUAGGUCAAAUACAAGGAUCAGAGCCACUGUUAUGACCACCAAUGGCUGACAGAAGAGCACAGAGACGCUUAUCACACUGCUACUCAUGUAUUCUCUCCCAGCAAGAGCUUUGUCCACCUGGAGACCAUAUCUGAUGAACUACGCUGUGGCCAAACUCAAACCAUCCAGGCACAUUAUGUUCUGAAUGGACAGGUCCUGAAGGAGCUAAGGGAGCUCACGUUCUAUUACCUGAUAAUGGCAAAGGGAGGCAUUGUCCGAACUGGGUUUCAAGUACUGCCUGUGCAGCAGGAAGACAUGAAAGGCCAUUUUUCUGUGUCGGUCCCUGUGGAACCAGACAUCGCUCCAGUCGCUCGAUUGCUCAUCUAUGCCAUUUUACCUGAUGGGGAAGUGGUUGGGGAUUCUGCAAAAUAUGAGGUUGAAAACUGCCUGGCCAACAAGGUGGGCUUGAGCUUCAACCCAGCAGUAAGUCUUCCAGCCUCGCCCAUCAACCUGCGAGUCACAGCUUCUCCUCAGUCGCUCUGUGCCCUCCGUGCAGUGGACCAAAGCGUGCUGCUCAUGAAGCCUGAGGCAGAGCUCUCCCCGUCCUCGGUUUAUAAGCUGCUACCAGUAAAGGACCUCACUGGUUUCCCUGGAAGUUUGAAUCAACAGGAGGAAACUAAUGUAGAUUGUGUCAGUGACCAGAUCCACAUCAAUGGAAUCAUCUAUUCCCCAAUGUCAAAUACAAAUGAAAAAGAUAUGUAUAGCUUCCUACAGGAUAUGGGUUUAAAGGUGUUCACCAACUCAAAGAUUCAUAAACCAAGAGUGUGUUCAUACUAUCAUGCCCAAACCUUUGAGAGUUCUGAGGAUGAUGACGUAUACGAAUAUUCAGACGAAAUGGCAAUGAGAAUCAACAGUGUUGAUUUAGCAGGUGCUUCAGGGCCUGUCCCAGAGCCUGUCACAGAGACCGUGAGAAAAUACUUUCCUGAGACGUGGAUCUGGGACUUGGUGGUAGUAGACUCAUCAGGCGUGGCUGAAGUAGGAGUAAGAGUCCCUGAUACCAUCACUGAGUGGAAGGCAGGGGCCUUCUGCCUUUCCGAUGACACUGGAAUUGGCCUCUCUCUUCCCACCACUCUCCGAGCCUUCCAGCCUUUCUUUGUGGAACUCACAAUGCCCUACUCUGUGAUCCGUGGAGAGGCCUUCACACUCAAGGCUACUGUCCUAAACUACCUUCCCAAUUGCAUCCGGGUUGGGGUGCACCUAGAAGCCUCUCCUGCAUUCCUGGCUGUCCCAGGGGAGAAGGAACAAGACUCUCACUGCAUCUGUGGGAAUGGACGACAAACCGUGUCCUGGGCAGUAACUCCAAAGUCAUUAGGGACUGUGAAUUUCACCGUGAACGCAGAGGCACUGGAGUCUCAAGAACUGUGUGGGACUGAGGUGGCUGUGGUCCCUCAAUAUGGAAAGAAAGACACAAUCAUCAAGCCCCUUUUAGUGGAAGUGAGAGGAUAUAUAGCAGAAAUAGUUUUCAUUAUGGCUGACUUGUUUUUUUCUCUAGGUGCGGAGGUGCCUGAUCAAGUAUCUCUGAAGCUGCCACCAAAUGUGGUAGAAGACUCUGCCCGAGCCUCCUUCUCAGUUUUGGGAGACAUAUUAGCCUCUGCCAUGAGAAACACACAAAACCUCCUACAGAUGCCCUAUGGCUGUGGAGAACAGAAUAUGGUCCUCUUCACUCCUAACAUCUAUGUUCUGAAUUAUCUAAACGAAACACAGCAACUGACUCCAGAGGUUAAGUCCAAGGCCAUUGGCUUCCUCAAUACUGGUUACCAGAGACAGCUGAACUACAAGCACUCUGAUGGCUCCUAUAGUACGUUUGGGGAGAAAUAUGGCAGGAGCACAGGCAAUACCUGGCUCACCGCCUUUGUACUGAAGACUUUUGCUCAGGCUCGACGUUACAUCUUCAUCGAUGAAGCACACAUUGAUCAAGCCCUCACCUGGCUCUCCCAAAAGCAGAAGGACAAUGGCUGUUUCAGAAGUUCUGGGUCACUGCUCAACAAUGCCAUUAAGGGUGGAGUAGAAGAUGAAGAGACCCUCUCUGCCUAUAUCACCAUUGCCCUUCUGGAGAUUCCUCUUCCCAUCACUCAUCCUGUUGUCCGUAAUGCCAUGUUCUGCCUGGAGUCAGCCUGGAAGUCAGCAAAGGAAGGACGCCAUGGAAGCCAUGUCUACACCAAGGCACUGUUGGCCUAUGCUUUUGCUCUGGCAGGUAACCAGGAAAAGAAGAAUGAAGUACUCACGUCACUUAAUGAGGAAGCAGUGAAGGAAGGUGAGUGUGUGCCUGAAAUCUUUCUCCCAUCCCACAUUCUCUGUAUCAAAUACUACUAAAUUGCAAAAAUUCCC